AAACACCUCUACUCCGUACCGUGUUGCACUUUGCAGACCGGGUGUGGCUGAUACUUUCUGCGCCACCUCCAAGAGUGGCGGAGGUGGCUGGUGCAAUAUGGGGGAAUGAGUCAAAAAGAAGAAAAAGAAGUUAAAAUUGGAUCUUCGCAGGACAUACUCAACUUAGAAUAAAAGCACCAGCAGCAACCAUCAUUAUGCCGUACCAGCUCGUCAUCUUUGACUUUGACGGCACCCUGUUCGACACCUACGAUGCCAUCGAGCACUCCAUCCAGUUGACCUUCCAACGCCUCCUGCCCUCCCAUCCUCCGCCUUCGUCCAGCGACAUUCGCCCGCUCGUCUCCACCGGCGCGCCUCCCGGGGACACCUUUCGCAGUCUACACCCCGAUCCCACCACCUUCGACGAGUCUCUCUGGAUCCCCACCUACCGCGAGCUGUAUGCUAUCCAUGGCCAAUCCCGUACGAGUCCCUAUCCCGCCGCUCGCGGCGUCCUACAAGCCUUGCACGACCGGAAUCAACCCAUGGCCAUCAUCAGCAACAAAGCUGCGGUCGCAGUGAAGGCGGCCCUGGAGAAGACCGACCUGUUGCAGUUCUUUCCAGAUUCCCUCAUCCUGGGUCAUGGUGUGGCCGGCGUCCAGCGAAAGCCGGAUCCGUCCAGCUUCACAGACGUGCUCUGGCCGAACUGGAAGGCUCUCGGGGCGCCCGAUGCUGUGGAGGCGGAGCGCGUGCUGAUGGUCGGAGACACAUUGACGGACAUCCUAUACGCAAGAAACAUUGGGGCACAGGUGUGCUGGUGUCGGUACGGUCAGGGCGACGUUGAGGAGUGCCAACGGCUACAACCGGAUCACACUGCGGAGACAUUAGAAGAUGUGCUUAAGAUCGUGGAGGGCAGAUCGUGAUUGGCGAGAAACCCUCUGGCAUCUCGCUCAUGACAAGGCACGAUGGUGUAGGCAGCUCUUCGUUUUUCACGCGAUGCGCAUAGACUUAGAUCCACAUAGACCUAUUGCUCGUCUCAGUUCCCCGAUACUGGGGAUCAAGGCACCCCACAUCUCCCCCUUUCACCAGCCUACUGGUCUGCAAUCUCCGGGAGAGUAGCAAUCCCGGGGAUGCCUCUAACCUAACUAAAUGGAGUGUGUGUAACUGCGUCGUUGAAUAGGUCCCCGGUUCGUGUAGGUG